GGUUUUGAUCACCCGGGAGAGCGAAAUAAAAAUGGGUGAUGUUGAGAAAGGCAAGAAGAUUUUUGUUCAGAAGUGUGCCCACUGCCACACUGUGGAAAAGGGAGGCAAGCAUAAGACUGGACCAAAUCUCCAUGGUCUGUUUGGGAGGAAGACUGGUCAGGCCGCUGGAUUCUCGUACACAGAUGCCAACAAGAACAAAGGCAUCACCUGGGGAGAGGACACCCUGAUGGAGUAUUUGGAGAAUCCCAAAAAGUACAUCCCUGGAAUGAAAAUGAUCUUCGCUGGAAUUAAGAAGAAGGGAGAAAGGGCAGACCUAACAGCUUACCUUAAAAAGGCUACUAAUGAGUAAUUCUACUGCCUUAAUUAUUACAAAACAGAUGUCUCAUGGCUUUUAAUGUGUACCAUAAUUUAAUUCAUACAUCAAAAUUCAGAUCAUGAAUGGCUAACAAUGUUUUUGUUGGGACGGUCCUUAUUUAAGUAAAACUGACUUGUAGUAAAGUGGAUAUGAUCUUUUUUAAAAAUAAUAAUUCCAGUCACAUUCUA